AUGGAAGAAAAUGUACUAUUUGAAAAAUAUUAUUCUGAAUUAAAUUCACUGAGAUUUCAUUUUGAUGUAUUAGAUUCAACACAAUUAUAUUGCAAGAGAAAUAUGCAAUUAUUUAUUGAAACUGGUAAGUUGAAGGAAGACAAUAUGAUUAUUGUUAGUUGUAACUCUCAAACAAAUGGAAUAGGAACAAGAGAUACAAAAAAAAAUAUCAAUAGACUUUGGUUAUCUAAAGAGGGAAAUAUAUUUACAACAUUUGUUUUCUUAUGGAAUAAAGAUGAUUUAAAUAAAGUCAGUUGUUUAGCACAAACAUCUACUGUAGCAAUUAGUAAAACAUUAGAACAUUUUCAUUUAAUGACUCAAAUUAAGUGGAUAAAUGAUGUUUUAAUUAAUUAUAAAAAGGUAUCAGGUUGUCUUGUUAAUUUGUAUCAUUUUGAUGAUGACAUCUUAUCAAAAAAAUAUGUUUGUAUAAUGGUUGGUGUUGGUAUCAAUGUAAACUUGAGAGAUGAUAAAAAUAUAUUAAAUAAUAAUUAUACAUCAAUUAAAAAAGAAUUAGAACAUUAUUUUGACGCCCCCAGUUGUAUACCAUCUGUUGAAGAUAUUAUGCAAAAAUUAAUAGAAAAUUUCCAUGCAUGUAUUCACAAAUUGCAGAAUGAAGGAUUUUCUACAUUUUUAGAAUAUAUAAAAAUGCGCCUUUUAUAUAAUGAAAAAAAAGUUUUAAUAGACCAAGAUAAUAGACAAAUAGUUGGAUACCUAAAAGGAUUACUUGAUGAUGGUUCCAUCUUACUAUUAAAUGAAAAAAAUCAAAUUAUUAACGUAAAUAAUGGGCAUUUAUAUCUUAAUGAAAGUAGUUAA